AUGGAGAAGACUUACUCGCUGACGGCGCACUACGACGAGUUCCAGGAGGUGAAGUACGUGAGCAAGUACAGCAGCAGCGGGGCUCUGCCCAACGGCUUCAACUUGCAGCUGGGCACCGCCGGGGCCAAGAAGCCCCGCUGCGGCUUGCCCCGGUGGAGCCGGCGGGAGAUCUGCCUGCUCUCCGGCCUGGUCUUUGCGGCGGGCCUGUGCGCCAUUCUGGGGGGCAUCCUGGUGCUGAAAUACCUGGCCCUGGACCAGGAUGCCUACUGCCUGGAAGGCUGCCAGGAGCGGAAGGCGUUCACCAAGGCCUCCCGGUUCAUCGCCACCAACAUCGACCCCACCAUCGACCCCUGCAAGGACUUCUACUCCUUCGCCUGUGGUGGCUGGCUGCGCCGGCACGGCAUCCCCGAGGACGAGCUCACCUACGGCACAAUCACUGCCAGCGGCGAGCAGAACGAGGAGAAGCUGCGGCGGCUGCUCCAGCAGCCGGUGCGGCGUCCCUACCGGGCCUCGGCCGAGCGCAAGGUCAAGGAGUUCUUUCGCUCCUGCCUGGACAUGGCGGAGAUCGACCGGCUGGGUGCCUGGCCGAUGCUGGAGGUCGUCGAGGACUGCGGGGGCUGGGAUAUGGGUGCCCUCGGGAGGCAGGCCCAGUGGGACUUCAACGAGCUCUUCUACAAGACGCAGGGCGUCUACAGCACCGCCGUCUUCUUCUCCUUGACCGUCAGCCUGGACAACAAGAAUUCUUCCCGCUAUGUCAUCCGGAUUGACCAGGAUGGGCUGACGCUGUCGGAGAGAAUGCUCUACCUGGGCCAGGAUGAUGAAAGCGAAAAGAUCUUGGCUGCGUAUGGGGCGUUCAUGGAGCGGCUGCUGGGCCUGCUGGGUGCUGAGCACGUGGAACAGAAAGCCAGGGAGAUCCUGCAGCUGGAGCAGAGGCUGGCCAACAUUACUAUCUCUGAGUACGAUGACCUGCGGAGGGAUAUCAACUCCAUGUACAAUAAAAUAACGUUGGGAGAACUGCAGCGCAUCACACCCAAUUUGAAAUGGAAGCGUCUUCUGGACAGAAUAUUCCAUGAGCGUUUUUCGGAAGACGAAGAGGUGGUCCUCUUAGCCACCGAUUACAUGCAACAAGUCUCGGAGAUCAUCCGUACGACGCCUAUCAGGAUCCUUCACAACUACAUGUUGUGGCGCAUUACGGUGGUGCUGAGCGAACACCUCUCCACCCCGUUCCGAGACGCCAUCCAUGAGUUCGCCAAGGAGAUGGAGGGUGCCGAGAAGCAGCUGGAGCUGACCAAGACCUGCCUGAGUCAAGCGAACAAGCACUUCGGAAUGGCCUUGGGGGCCCUUUUCGUUGAAGAAUUCUUCUCCUCCACCAGCAAGGCCAAGGUGCAACAGUUGGUGGAAGACAUCAAGCACAUCCUGGACCGGCGACUUGAAGAACUGGACUGGAUGGAUGAAGAAACCCAGAGAGCAGCCCGAGUGAAGCUGAAGCACAUGAUGGUGAUGAUUGGAUAUCCAGACUUCCUGCUCAACCCAGGAGCAGUUGACAAGGAAUAUGAGUUUGAAGUCCAUGAGAAAACCUACUUUAAGAACAUCCUCAACAGCAUCAGGUUCAACAUCAAGCUGUCGGUGAAGAAAAUCCGUCAGGAAGUGGACAAGUCAGCGUGGCUGUUACCCCCUCAAGCACUGAAUGCUUACUACCUCCCUAACAAGAAUCAGAUGGUGUUCCCAGCUGGAAUUCUUCAACCCACGCUCUAUGAUCCUGAAUUCCCACAGUCCUUGAACUAUGGGGGGAUCGGUACAAUUAUCGGGCACGAGCUGACGCAUGGCUAUGAUGACUGGGGCGGGCAGUACGACCGGUACGGUAACCUGAUGAAUUGGUGGACAGACACCUCCUACAGCAAGUUCCGCAAGAAGGCGGAGUGCAUUGUGAACCUGUAUGACAAUUUCACCGUCUACAACCAGAGGGUGAAUGGGAAACACACACUGGGCGAGAACAUUGCAGACAUGGGCGGACUUAAGCUCGCCUACUAUGCGUAUCAGAAAUGGGUGCGGGAACACGGCCCCGAAAACCCGCUGCUGUGGCUGAAAUACACCCACGAGCAACUUUUUUUCAUCGCUUUUGCUCAGAACUGGUGCAUUAAACGGCGCUCACAGUCCAUCUACUUGCAGGUGCUGACUGACAAACAUGCUCCCGAACAUUACAGGGUGCUGGGCAGCGUCUCCCAAUUUGAGGAGUUUGGACGUGUCUUCCACUGUCCUAAGGACUCCCCCAUGAACCCAACCCACAAGUGCUCCGUCUGGUGAAACGCCAACCUGUCCUGCCCCUGCCUGGAGCCAGCCCCUGCCAAGGCGCCAGCUGGCAUCACUCUUGUCCAGGCCGGGCAGAGGGAGAGGAGAAAAGACCUCCGAAACCUGAGGUGGCCCUGGCUCCAGAGAUAUGCCCACACCUGCCAACCGCCCCCCCACCCCAGGUCUUUGGGGCUCCACGGUAUAAAUAGGUAACACCAGUCCUUCUCUUACACAGCUGCUGUGAUCUCUUCCCAUCUGUACAGUCACUCAGGUCAUAAAAGGAGCCUCUUCGUUCUCCUUCUAAAAUGACGUUUUUCUGCCAUUCCUCUGGGCCAUGCCCGAGCUUUUCCACUUUGCCCCCAGACCCAGACUUUUUCGCUCCUUGGCUAUUCUAGUUUAUUGUGCUAACGCAGCUUCAGUUCCAAAGCCAGUUGAUGCAUCCUGUAACAUUUUCGCUUGUCCUCUCGGUGUUUUCAUUUAAAAAAAAAAAAAAUCAGAUGGAACACACUGGCGUUUUAUAAAUAGCCCAUUUUGCUGUGAAGCUUUUUCUUUUUAAUUUUAUUUUUUUAGCUGUACUCACUGCACGCUCUUGAAUUAUCUCCCUUGACAGCCAGGAUGGUGCAUUAGACUUUUAUUCAUGUAUAUUGUAGAACUGGAAUUUCUGUGAGCAGUUUAUGGUCACCGUGUCCCUCAAAUCAAUGUCCCUGAGCAGAGCAGUGAUUCACCCCCCUCUCC